UGAUCGUUAACGCGGCAAGGUGACGAGUUCAAGGUGCGGCCGUGUUGCGGCAGCGAGGCUUUUUUGGGCUGUCGGGGGUCAUGGCUCGACUCGGGGCGGCGUUGCUGUUGUUGGUCCUGACUGAGUGGCUGCACGCGGUUGCGGCCCGAGGAUGGGCGGAGGACGACAAAACCACGCUUUUUAAAGGCCCCAGGCCCUCGUCAGAUUUCGAGGAAGAAGAUGGUGACGAUGAUGACUAUUACACCGACCCUGCCGUCCAAGCGGAAACGUUAGAACCUCCUCCAGGAAGGCUGGCAGGUUCCCCAGACGAGGGCGCCUCUCCAACAGGCCGUACAAGCCCCACCAAUCAAAGUGAAAGUGGACUCCAUGUCGUGUGUGAGGAAGAUGGCUUCCAUAUCCGUUUAGCAGCUGCUCCGCUAAGUCAUGUCAAAGUGUCGGCUUCUGAAGACCUCCCAGCUGCCGGUCCUGCUCAGAAGACCUGCGGCCUCAAUGUGACCCGCCUCCAGAGCGGCGUGACGGUGCCCUACACGGGAUGCUACGUGGAGAAGACCAACAGCUACCGCCUGCAGCUGAAGUACGUGGACCAACUGGGUCGGGCCCGAGUCGCCGAGGUCGCCUGUGAUCCCGGUUCGUCGUCGGGCUCCGAUUUGACGCCUCGUUCUGGUGCCGAGCCCGGCAGUGCUUCAAGAUGCAGAACGCCACCGCCCAUGGUGGCACCCAAGGCGCAGAAUUGCGCCCUGGCCUCUGAGGAGCAGCUGGCGUGCGGACAAGCGGGAAUAUCAUCCUCCGCCUGUGAGAGCCUGGGAUGCUGUGUGGAUCCCACCACGUGGAAGUGCUUCUAUCCGAUGGAUGAGUGCACGCUGGAUGAACACUUUGUCUUCAUCAUCCGCUCCGAGUACGCGUCCACGUGGGUGGACCCCGCCCGGCUGGUGAUACCGGGAACCAGCUGCAAGCCGGUCGUCCUCAAGGCCAACUUUGCCAUUUUUAAGUUCAAAGUGACGGAAUGUGGGACUCACACUUACGACAUCGGCGUGACGAGGUUCUACCUGGCUGAGGUGCAGACGCUCAUCAAAGCGCUCAACCUCAAAUACGGAAUCGUCACAAGAACCGACCCGCUGAGGUACCUCAUCGAGUGUCGCUACGGUAUCUCCACUAACGCCCGGCAGCCUCUGGCCAGUGUCGGCUUCAUGGUGAAGAUCCCCAGUCGCCACCUGCCCCCGUCCGUCCACUCCGACGCUUUGUAUGGCGUUCGCUUGAGGAUUGCUACCGAUGACAGCUAUUCCACCUUCCUGCCUUCCUUCCCGACCUUGCGCUACGUCCUCAACAAAGCCGUCUAUUUGGAACUCAGCCUGUGGUCUCCCAAACCCGACGCCGUCAUCCUGGUCAAAUACUGUCUGGCGUAUCCUCGCUCCGCCAAGAAUGCUCUGGUUCUCGUUUACGAAGGGUGUGCCAACCCUUACGACCCAAAUGUGUCCAUCCUGGAAGUCAAGGACUUGCCCCAAAAUCGCCAUCAGAGGCGUUUUGUUGUCAGGGCUUUCCAGUUUAUGGAUACCAAAACUAAGAAGUACUUGGAUGAGGAAAUCCUUUUCAUGUGCUCCUCUGAGGUUUGUAGACCGGACGAGACCACUUGUGAAGAACGCUGCUUCGAUGGAAAAGUACCAAUGCCAGUACUGUGUACUGCAUACAUCUAAGCCGUCUUGUCAUUUGCAGGUACCAUGAAGACGUGCUACAAGACUCGUACAUUUCCAGCUUGUAAUCUUUUAUUAUACUCUAAAGAGACAAAUGUUUUCCGUAACAGGAGAAUAUUACAUCGAGUAUUUCAAGUGUCGGUGUCAUGUUUGCCGCGCUGUGUUUACACCAAACAAUAAACGGCUAAAUAACUAAAUAA